AUGAAUGCGAUUUGGACCAAGCACGACUCUACCUUGCAGCUGCUCGAAGACAUCAUCCAGCAGACUCCGCAAUCCCAGCAGUCUCAGACCGACUUGAUCAUAUGUUCGACGAAAGAGGAAUUCCUCGGUCAGGUACUAGCAGAACUCCAUCAACGGCUCCGUCAGGACAGCGACGCCCAAGAUGAGCCCGUCUCCCCGGCUCCGGAUCACAUCCUACUGUCAAGAAGUCUCCAUGUGUUGAGCGCAAGCCAGCACAUCAACCUCAUCUUCUGCCCCACAAUCACCGUUCUUCGAGGCUAUCUCUCCGGGUUUGCGCAUAAUCUGACAGACACCCCUCCAACUCUCGGCCCGAUCAUAGUCCUCAACCUGCUGGCCAUGCACCACGGCACCUCCGAGUUCACCUUGCAAGGACUCUCACAGACCUUGGCGACUGCCGUUUCUGCCGCCCACCGCACGCGUCGCGCGCUGAAGCUGGUGGAGUGCAAGGACAUCAGGGACCCUUCAAAUCCGUCCCGUGGCGCCGCGCUUUGGCAGGCUGAGGUCCAGCUGCUCAGUGCGGCGAUCAAGAUAGGUGCAGCGGGACAACACUGGGGUCGCCGCACCAUCUCAGUGAUGAAAAUCGCGUCUAGGUGGUUCACAGUCGAGAAAAGAAGCCAGCACAGCGGUCUCUCUCAGGAAGAAAUGCUUGUUUGA